CAUAGUGAUAGAUUUAGCUCUCUUUUUUUUCUUAAUUUGUUCAUCCAAAAUAUGAAAAGUUUUCAGCCAAAUUCAAAAUCCCACCAUCCAUCAAGGCUUGUAAAUCUCAUGAUAAUCUCCUGUUUUCUGUUUCUACUCUAUCUCCUGUUCUCAUUUCUCUUUUUCCCAAACUCAAAAAACCUGAAUUUGUCAGGUUCUCUACAGGAUUUAUCCUCCACAACAUCCCUUGAACAUAUUGUAUUUGGGAUUGCCUCUAAUGAAAGAUCAUGGUCCAAAAGGAAAGAAUAUGUCAGGCUUUGGUGGAGACCUCAGAUAAUGAAGGGAUGUGUUUUUCUGGAAGAAAAGCCACCAAAUUCUACAUCUUCUGAAAAUGAUCAAAUUUCUCUGCCUCCAAUAUGCAUUUCUGGUGACACUUCCAGAUUCAGAUACACCUUCAGGAAUGGUCGAAGGUCAGCGAUUCGCGUAGCUCGAGUGGUAUCAGAAACCGUGGCACUGAACCACGCUGAUGUUAGAUGGUUUGUUUUUGGAGAUGAUGAUACAGUUUUCUUUCCUGAAAAUUUGGUCAAGACCCUGUCGAAAUAUGAUCAUGGCUUAUGGUAUUACAUCGGGACAAAUUCAGAAAAUUAUCAGCAGAAUAAGGGUUUCUCUUUUGAUAUGGCUUUUGGAGGAGCUGGUUUUGCUAUAAGUUAUCCCCUGGCUAAAGUUUUGGCGAAACAUUUAGAUUCUUGCAUCGAUCGAUACCCUCAUCUGUAUGGCAGUGAUGGCAGAAUUCAUGCCUGUUUGACAGAACUUGGAGUUACAUUAACUCAUGAGCCUGGAUUUCAUCAGAUGGAUGUUCGAGGUAAUAUUUUUGGGUUAUUGGCCGCGCACCCGACUAGGCCGUUGGUGUCUCUCCACCAUCUGGAUGCAGUAAAGCCAAUUUUUCCAAAAAUGACAGCAAUGGAAGCUCUGAAACAUUUGCUGGAAGCCACAAAAGUUGAUUCCCAGAGGACUUUGCAGCAAACAGUUUGCUAUGAUAGAUGGUUUUCUUGGACACUUUCUGUUUCUUGGGGAUAUGCUGUUCAAUUGGUGGGGUUCAACGAAUUUCUGCCGGAUGUUGUGCGCAUGCAAGAGACUUAUGUACCCUGGAAAAGGGGUCCUCUGUAUGUUAACCAUAAUCUGAAUACAGCAAAAUAUCAGCCUGAUCCAUGCAAGAGGCCAGUUGUUUUCUUUUUUGACAGGGUUUCCUCUAGCAGAGAUGGAAUAGCAUCCAUUUACAAGAAAACGGAAAAUAAUUGUACUUUUGACAAAAUACAAGAAGUCAGAGUUUUUUCGAAGAAGUUAGACCUUGACAUUAAACAGUUGCAGGCACCAAGAAGACAAUGUUGUGACGUCUUGCCAUCUUCAGCUGAUAGGGUAAUGGAAAUCAAUAUUAGAGAAUGUGGAGCGGAAGAACUAAUUUAUAUGCAUGCUUAGUCCUAUUCUCUGGCUCUCUACCCUAGAGUUAGUGAUGCACAAUCUGUGAGCUAAGUGGGGCUGUGGUUAGGAGUGUAAACGAGUCUAAUCAAACUGAACAACCUAGUACUAAGAUUGUUUGAUUAUUUUAAUGAGUUUAAGAUUUUAUUUAA